UAACUGACGCUAACGCCUGCGAAGCAUCAAUCUGUGAACAUCAAUGAAUUAAUUGUAUACUUCAAAUUGUGUAUCUAUGAUUUAUUAUUAUCAACAAUUAUUAUUUUUUUUGCGGCUUCGUGUUUAAUUUUAUUUGCUUGACUUCUUUUCUAUUGAAUAUGAGUGCACAAGCACAUUCUUCUGCAAAAAUGAAAGAAUUACGGUUACCAAUCUCGAGGGUAAAAACAAUCAUGAAAAGUUCUCCUUAUGUUGAUACUGUCGGACAGGAUGGAUUGUAUUUGGUUACAAAAGCUACGGAACUCUUCAUACAUUAUAUAACAGAAGAGGCACAUAUGCAGAGUAACAAAGGAUCUUCUUUGGAUUAUAAACAUUUGGCAGAAGUGGUACAGACAAACGACACAUUGGAAUUUCUCAGAGAAAUAAUGCCCAGAAAGAUUACAGUCAGACAGUUCAAAGAAAUGAUGGCAGCUAAGAAUGCAUCUCACAGUAGUUCUUCCGAGAGCAGUUCGGAUUCAGACAGCGAUAGUGAUUCAGAUACAGAUUCUUGUUCAGACAGUGACGAAACAAAAGCAGAGAAUGGGAAUACGUCAGGUAGUGAGCGAGAAAGUGAAACUAAAGAGAACGGUGCUUGUCAUUCAGAUAGUGAAAGUAGUAUAAAAAGUGAUAGCGAAGACAAUAAGAGAUGAGUAUCAUUGCUCUCUUUAUAUUCAGCAGAUAAACAUUCUGAUUAUUUAACAAAUUUACGAGUAUUCUUUUUGAUAAAAUUAUCUGUAUAAAUUUAUUAAUAUCAAGACUUUUUGCAUAUCUAUAUAUCAAUAGAAAUAAUUAAGCAAAUCAAAUAACAAAAUGGUCCAAAAGACUAUGAAAACUUAUCUUAAAAGAAAAGAUCUUAUUUUUAUAUGUCUGUAAAUGAUCAUAAAUGUGAAUCGCCAUUUUAUAUAAUAAGCAUAUUUCAAAU